CUGGCUUUGUUGGCUUCAUCCAUGACUGACCAAGGGGCACGUUCCUGAAACACCGGAGACAGUCCCUCACCAGAAAAGGUCCCGACAGCUACCCGGUCCGUCUCUACCUUUCGUGUUUCCCCGCUCAAGUUAAGGCAACCCUUCUGCUAUCUACAGAUGCAUGUACUUUGCGUUCUGACAACAUACAGCGAGCCGUCGGAGUCAUGGCGAAGCGGGUGGGUGGUGGCCACAUCAGCGUCAGCCCCAUCGGCUUCAUUGGGUUCAUCGCCCCCAUGGCGUAACCCCAGGUUCUACAGGUAACUUACCGCUACCCGCCUUCCAUUUUGCUACCGCCCCCUGCUCUGCAAGUUUAGAAAAGAGUUGAUGCUGAAUCGAUCAUGCCUGGUAGGAUGCAUGCUGAAACAAGGCCACAACAUUUAGCCACCUUGGCUUGGGCAAUGGCCAUUGCGAGGGUAGAGGACACGUUCCAGCAUGCAGGCAAUGCAAUGGAUGCUGUUGCGCAGCAGGUGACCUUUGUGCGGGAACUGUUGGAUUGUCAUGUGCCAAUGCAGACAACACGUCCAGCAUGCGCAGCAACAGGCAGCUUUCAGUCAUCAUCUCUUUUCUGCACAGAAUGUUGCAAUCACGCUGUGGGCAUUUGCCAAGCUUUUACAGGCUCCUGAACCUUUGCUUUUCUUGUUUCGGCGGCAUGUUCGCAGGAAUCAGUUCAGAGGCUUUGAAGCCAUGCCCAUUGCGGCAACUGUUUGGGCACUUGCUAGAAUUGCUGAGGUCUCAGAGCAUGCCACAAGGCACAACGCUUUUAGAAUUCAGCUGGUGCGCAGAGGGUGUGAACAGCUUUCCGAUUUCUCUGAGCAGGGAAUUGCCAACCUGUCUUUUGCCUUGGCUGCCGGAAUGAAGCCUGCCCGGAGUUCAAUUCAACCAAGUUCGCGC